AUGACUAGUCUUUUGUACGUUUCUGUCCCUCCACAAACUCGGUCGCAAUUCUAUAGCUCUACCAAGCUUAAGCACGAAACGGAGGAAUGUCAACUAACGAUACCAGGCGAUUACUGCGAUGUCUAUCUCACCCAUGACUCGAUGAGUGUUAGGAAAGCACACAACAGUGGAAGGAAUCAUCUGCGUAAUGUUGUGGAUUACUACCAGCAGAUUGGCCAUGAGAAAGCUCAAUCUGUUAUCGACUCGAUAACAUCUUCAUAUGCUGCCGAGGGGCAGUCUUCAUCAAAUCCCAUGCUUGGCCAAAAUCCUGGAGUCCACCCACCUCCCCCAUUCGCAUUUCCAGGAGGUGCACCUCCCCCAUUUCCCAUGCCGGGCAUGCCGCUGCCACCACCUGGAGCUUUACCACCCGGAAUGAUACCACCUCCUGGAGGCCGCGGUAUGCCAAUGCCCCCAUUUCCUGGCGGGCCAGGAGCUCCACCGUUUCCAAUACCAGGCAUGCCAUUUCCACCACCAGGUGGCCUUCCCCCAAAUUUUCAAAUGCCACCUCUACCAGGAGGCUUUCAGCCACCGCCUGGGUUUCCCCCAAUGCCUGGAGCGCCUCCUGGUUUCCCGGGUCAAGAUCAGGGACCAGACCGGAGGUAA